AUGGACUUCUAUGGAGAUCUCGACAACUUCCAUAUAGACGUGGCCAAUUAUAAGCAGGUGGGCAGCUUCUACACACAGACAGAUGGAUUGCAGAUGUACCCAAGCAGUCACGUCCGGGAUGUGUUUUACCACUCUGGAGAUGACACCAUAAAGACCUACUACUCCAAUGUCCGCGCCGAGCGAAUUGUGGUGUGGAAGACCAACAACGCCCCUAUCAUCCAAAUGGGCUGGUAUUCGCGCAAUAUCACCAACGUUUCCGUUGAUCGAGUCGACGUGAUCCACACCAGAUACAUCUCAGGUUCGGAGUAUUACCCUCGUGGUUUGGUCGGAUCGUCCGCCUAUUAUCUAGACUCGUCGGCGACAAACACCGCAAACGUCAGUAACACCAUACCGUCUCCAACAUCCGCACGGAAGGCAUCUCGCCGCCUCUGA